GAAGUCUAUAAUAUACGUAACAUUAACUAUAGAUUUUCAAUACAGAUAAUGAACUUUGAGACACGGCCUAUCUGUCAUCUGUGUAACACGCUGGAAAACACCCUGAAAUUUUUCGUGCUUAGAUUUUUUCUACAGUCCACUUUCUAUAUCAUCUCAUGUAUCUUGCAUGACACGUGGAUUCUUUCUAUGGGCCGUUGCCAGAUGCAAGAGGAAACACGUGUUUCUGUCAGCUAAGGCGCUGAGGAAGCACGUGCAGAGUCCGCUUGAGAGGAAGUCAGAGGGAAAUCGAGAUUCCGUCGCGGACUCCUCGAUCAGAUCCUAUUCCGUACGUCCACCUAACCUCGAUUUCUAUCAUUUGCGUGCCGACAUAAUGCCGGAGAAGAAUAUUACAGUCAACGAGAAUGAGCGUUGUAAUAAAAAUAACGUCGAAUAUCUGGACCCGCCCACGAAAUCGGAAAAUGAUCCAAAGGAAUAUAGAGUCAUCCGAUUACAGAACGGUUUGACAGCUUUGCUAAUAGCUGAUAUACAUUCAAAAGCAUGUUCUUCCCAAGAUGAUCAGGAUAAAGCAAGUAGUGAAGAUGAAACUGAAGAUGAGGACAGUGAUGCUAUAGAAAUGGAUGAUGUGGAUAAAGAUGAUGAUGAUGAUGAUGAUGAUGAUGAUGAUGAUGAUGAUGAUGAUGAUGAUGAUGAUGAUGAUGAUGAUGAUAAUGAAGAUGUGGACCCUAAUUCUGUUCAUAUAAGUAGCAUUGAAGAUAUGACCGAUGAAGAAGAUAGUUUUUCAUCAACUAAACGAGUCAAGAGAAAUGAAAAAAUGGCAUCAUGUGGUUUAUGUGUGGGAGUAGGCAGUUUUAGCGAUCCAUCAGAAAUUCCAGGUUUAGCACAUUUUCUUGAACAUAUGGUUUUUAUGGGAUCAGAGAAAUAUCCAGAGGAAAAUGAUUUUGAUGCGUUUCUUAGCAAGCAUGGCGGCUUCACCAAUGCUGAAACGGAUUGCGAGCAUACAACAUUUUAUUUUGAUGUUCAGAAGAAGCACCUAUUAGACACUCUUGAUCGUUUUGCUCAAUUCUUUAUUAAACCCUUAAUGAAGAAAGACGCCAUCACGCGCGAGAGAGAAGCCGUGGAAAGCGAAUUUCAGUCUGCUUUACCUUACGAUGAUAAUAGAAAAGAGCAAUUGCUCUCUUCUUGCGCGCGAACUGGCCAUCCAGCCAGCAAGUUUAUUUGGGGCAAUAUGAUAACGUUGCGCGACAAUGUGGACGACGAUAAGCUAUAUGCAGAGCUGCACAAGUUCAGAGAAUAUCAUUAUAGCGCGCAUAGAAUGAAACUGGCUAUACAGGCAAAAUUAUCGCUAAAUGAAUUAGAAAAUUACGUUACGAUGUGCUUUGCUAAUGUGCCGAGCAACGGGCUGCCUCCGGACGAUUUUACCGAAUUCAAAGGCAGCAUUUCUUUCGAUACUCCUGCUUUCCGAAGAAUGUACAAAAUUAAACCUGUUAAAGAUAUUAGCCAAGUAGAGAUAACAUGGGCAAUACCUUCAUUACUUGAUUUGUACAAAAGUAAACCACAUCAAUAUCUCUCAUGGAUUAUCGGACAUGAAGGGAAAGGUUCUAUAAUUAGUUAUCUGCGUAAAAAAAUGUGGGGGAUUGAUAUGGUCAGUGGCAAUAGCGAAAGUGGUUUCGAACACAGUUCUAUGUAUGCUUUAAUGAAGAUUACUGUGCUGCUCACGGAUGAAGGGCAGAAACAACUCGAGAAAGUGCUAGAUGCAAUAUUUUCUUUUAUCAAUUUAUUGAGAAGGGAAGGUCCGCAAAAGAGGAUUUACGACGAAAUCUAUACGAUCGAGGAGAAUAAUUUCAGAUUUGCCGAUCAAGAGAAUCCGAUAGAGUAUGUGGAGGAUUUGUGCGAAAGCAUGCAUUUUUACCCACCGCGAGACUACAUAACUGGAAACGAGCUUUAUUUUGAAUACGAUCCAGAAGCCAUAAAAACAUGCCUGGAUUAUCUGAGGCCGGAGAAUGCGAACAUUAUGAUCUUCAAUAAAAGUUUUACGGAGUUAAAUAAGAUCGAACCGUGGUUCAAAACUAAAUACACGGAUGUUGAAAUACCGCAGGAAUGGAUCGAGCGUUGGAAAAUCAUCGAACCAUUGCCAGAUUUUCACUUGCCGCUACCCAACACAUUCCUCACCAGCGACUUUACUUUGAUAUCGAUUCCAGCGGACAUUCCGAAAUAUCCCGUGAAACUACACAGCGACGCUAUAUCCGAGAUUUGGUAUCGUCCGGACCCCAAGUUUUGUCUUCCAGAAUGUUACAUAAAUUUCCAUUUUGUCUCCUCUUUGGGGCUUCAAUCGCCGGAGAAUGCAGCUCUCGUGAACUUAUAUUGCAAUGUACUAAAACUGCUAUUGGUUGAAGAAAUAUAUCCAGCAGUUGCGGCCGGAUUUAAUUUCAACAUUUAUGUUAGUGAGAGGGGUAUCAAAAUGAAAUUUAACGGAUUUAACGAGAAAUUGCCGCUCUUGGUAUUCACUAUCAUCAAAUACAUGGUGGAUUACCCAAAUCUUGUUACAAAGGAGCUAUUCGAAGUUUUAAAGGAGCAGCAACUCAAGACAUUCUACAAUGCAUUUAUAAAACCCGACUCACUUGAAAGGGAUGUAAGAUCGUAUAUAUUUAAGUUGGUCCAUCACACGCAAAUCGAUUCGUACACUGCUCUAUGCGACAUCAAUUUCGAAAGAUUCCGUGAUUUCAUCAAAUCUUUCAAUGAUCGUCUCUACAUUCAAUGCCUUGUACAGGGUAACAUGACGCAAGAUGCCGUGAUUGAGAACGCGCAACGAUGCAUCGAAAUAAUCAACUGUAAGUCGCUGCUCCCGAGUAUGAUACCGCAAAUAAGAGUUAUGCGGAUUCCUUCAGACAUGUCCUAUUGCAAACUGAGAAACAUCGACAAAACCGACGUGAAUUCCACAGUGGCAAAUCAUUAUCAGGUUGGAAUUAAGUCGAUCGAGUUAUCAGUGUUGAUCGAGUUAUUGAUACUGAUAAUGGAAGAACCAUUGUUCAAUCAGCUUAGAACCAAAGAGCAGCUCGGUUACGAUGUCUGUUGCAUCACCCAAAAUGUUUAUGGAAUUUUGGGAUAUUCCAUUAUAGUUCAAACUCAAGCAGACAAGUACACGACCGAGCAUGUGGAUCAGCGGAUUGAGGAAUUCUUGAAAUCGUUUAAGAAGAUUUUGAAAGAUUUGUCGGAAGAUGAUUUUGAUAAUUUCAAGGAUGCGCUAAUAAAGGAUAAGCUGUGCGCCGAUAUCGAUCUAACCGAGGAAGUUAGAAGAAACUGGAACGAGAUCACGAAUUGGCAGUACAUGUUCGACAGACUUGAGAGAGAAGUGCUCGUCAUAAAGAAGAUCAAGCUCAAAAAUUUUAAAAACUGGAUUAUGAAAAACAAGUUGAACGGAAUUAAAUGUAGAAAAUUAAGUAUUCACGUGGUGGGAAAUAAGAAGAGCAACGAAGAAGUUAAGGAAGUGAUCAAUAUCCCGGAAGUUCGCAAGAUGCAGUACUCCUUGGAAUAUAUAACUAAGGAUCACCAGGUCAAAGACACACAAGAUAAGUACAUUACUGACAUAGAAGAUUACAAGAAAAAACUUUAUGUAUAUCCAGUAAGUGAGGGGAUUAAUUUCUUCAAAGCGAAUAAAUAAUGUUCUGAUAAUAAUAGAAAUCUAAUGAUAAUAAAAUAAAAAAUUGUACUGUGUGCCUAGAUAUUUUUUAUAAUACUUUUUUAUUUAUCAAAAACUUAUAUUUAACACUGGCUUUUGCAUAUAGUAAAUUAUAUAUAAUAUGAUAGAAUGAAUGCAAAUCCUUAAAUCUUCAGGCUUAUACGUUUCUUUCAACAAAUCAUAUUAACAAUUAAUGCUAUCGAUGGCAUUUUCUAUGUUGCAAUGAUUUAAAUAAAAUGAAAAUCGAUAUUAUAUGUUUAAGCGAUAAAUAAAAUAUGUAAUAUAUAUCUAUUUGAUAUAAUAUUUUAAUGAAUAAAUUUUUGAUAUUAAAUAGUGGAAGGAAGAAUUGUGCAUAUAAAAAUUUUGAAUAAAGUUUCUCCAUAUAGAUGUAUUAAUGAGUAUUCUUAAAUUAAAAGAAAUAUUUCUGAGUUUUUUCUUAUUAUAACAUCGUUUAUCUAUAUUUCUGUUUGCUUUGCAUAAAACAAAAAAGAAUUAUCAGAGAGAAUAAAAUCGAAGAUGAAUUAGGCACUAUAAUAUUAAUGAGGUGAUGUAUGUGAAAAAAAGAAAAGCUUGAUAAAAUUCUUUCCUCAUUAAUUGUUUAGAAUUAAACGUACAUAUUAUAAUUUGCGAGCUUAAAAAAGAUAAAACGGAAAUGCGCUAUAAACGCAAUAAAUGAUCAAAGAUUAGGAUAAUUGUAAAGAAUGCAGAUGGAUGCUUAUUACGGAAAACGUCCGGUAAAUAAAAUACUCGGAGAUGCAAUUUUUUAUACUCUUUUUAAUUGUAUUCAAGACAUGACAACACGUUUUUCAAUAAAUCAUUAAACUUCCGAAAA